GUCUUUCUCUCUCUGUCAAAAUAAAUUAAAUAAUAAAAAAAAUAAACAAGUGUAGGCCCUUUCCUAGUUCCUAGGGGUGUCCAGAGCACCCCGUUCCUCCCUGCUUUAAUUUCCUUCCGUUGCCCAUCUGUCAUGGGCCACUCCUGCAGCCUUGCCCUGCCCAACCCUCCUGGUCUUAUCCUCCCUCUGCUAACAAAGGUCUGGGCAGGCUUUUAUGGGCUCUGAUAAGGCCCUGGCAGGGCCAAAGUUCAUUAGCACUUCCUCUUUGCAGAAGGGCCUAAAGUAUCCCCCGCUCCGGCCUGAUCUGGGUGUGUCUCCCCACCCCAACCCCCAGCCUAGCCCAGCUGAUCUGGAUUCUGGCUGGUGACCAGUGAAGCUAGCAAGAGAAGGGACACAAGGGGGUGCCCGAAAAAGACGUGAGCCUGGGAUACCCAGAAGAGGGACCCCACAGACCCUGCCUAGCCAGCCACUCCCUUUUCCUCAGGUAUAAGAGCCACCCGCCACCUGCCACCAUUACCUGCUUUACAUCUCUUCUCACUGGACAAGCCACCAGCCCAGCCUCUCAAGAUGGCCUAUAUCCCUGCACCUGGCUACCAGCCCACUUACAAUCCGACUCUGCCCUACAGCAAGCCCAUCCCGGGUGGUCUCAGUGUGGGAAUGUCUGUGUACAUCCAAGGAGUGGCCAGCGAACACAUGAAGAGGUUCUCCGUGAACUUCGUGGCGGGGCAGCACGCGGGAGCGGACAUUGCCUUGCACUUCAAUCCCCGCUUUGAUGGCUGGGACAAGGUGGUCUUCAACUCGCAACAGGGCGGCAAGUGGGGCAGCGAGGAGAAGAAGCGGAGCAUGCCUUUCCGCAAGGGCGCGGCCUUCGAGCUGGUGUUCAUGGUCAUGGCGGAGCACUACAAGGUGGUGGUAAAUGGAAAUCCCUUCUACGAGUUCGGGCAUCGGCUGCCCCUACAGAUGGUCACUCACCUGCAAGUGGAUGGGGACCUGGAGCUUCAAUCAAUCAACUUCAUUGGUGGCAACCCGCCCCCAGGCCAGACACCCAUGGGAACUCCAGCAUACCCAACCAUGGAGGGACCCCCGAUCUUCAACCCGCCUGUGCCAUUUAGGAAGAGAUUGCAAGGAGGUCUUACAGCCCGAAGAACCGUCAUAAUCAAGGGCUCCAUACCCCCCAUGGGCAAGAGCUUUGUCAUCAACUUCAUGGUGGGAUCCUCAGGGGACCUGGCUCUGCACAUUAACCCUCGUCUGACUGAGGGUCUCGUGAUUCGGAACAGCUAUCUGAAUGGUUCAUGGGGAUCCGAGGACAGGAAGAUCUCCUACAACCCAUUUGGUCCUGGGCAAUUCUUUGAUCUGUCCAUUCGCUGUGGCAUAGAUCGUUUCAAGGUUUACGCCAACGGCCAGCACCUCUUCGACUUUUCCCAUCGCCUUUCGGCCUUCCAGAAUGUGGACAUGCUGGAGAUCCAGGGUGAUAUCACCUUGUCCUAUGUCCAAGUCUGAUCUAUUCCCUGGGCCAUAACUCUUGGGAACACAGAGUGAAAGAUCCCACAGGACUCCCUUCUAAGCCCCUAAUAAAAUGCCUGUGCG